AUGUCUUUCCCGCGGAAGGACGAAGACCCGCCAAGGUACUACCCAGAAGUUCCCGACUCCCUGAGGUCUGAUCCCAUCGAAAUGUCCAAGACACGCAAGCUGCACGAAGCUCGUGUAAAUACUGCACCAUACAUCACACCAUACAUUGGCCUCCGGUCACGCUUGUCCCAGAUAUGGAUCAACCGUUGGACCGUUCUUCUGCUGCUGGUACUGGUCCGUGUCCUGCUGCUGGUGGUACAACUCAAUGACAAUGUGGGUGAUGCAAAGAUCCAGGCACUCUCAGCCUGUAGCAAAGUGGAGGAUGUGGGAAGCUCGAUGGCAUCUAUGCCACACUACCUCUCAGUAGGCGUCAACGACUUGGCCGCUACGGGAAUUGAGAAAUCCGUCCAUGCCAUGGUGACUAUACUGGACCUAAUUCUCCAGGGAGUUGAGAGUCUCAUAUAUUUCUUCAUCGACUAUCUCGUCGGCACCUAUGUCUGCUUGCUUACUGCUUUGGUCAAAGGCAGCCUCGACGUCGUGGCCGACAUCACCGAUGAUGCCAACGAUGCCAUAAAUAAGGUCAUCGGCAGUGCCACCAAGGAGAUUAACGACAUUUCCGACAGCCUGACAUCCAAGAUCAAUUCUGUUCUCGAUGGAAUCCAGAACAAUAUACUCCCCGGGGCCGACACACCUAAGGUUAACUUCUCCGAGCCUGUCGAUACUCUCAACAACUUCAGCCUUGACGGCAAUGACUUUGCCAAGGACAUCAGGGCGCUCAAUAACAAGAUCCCCGACUUUGAUGAUGUGCGCAACCUGACAAAGGAGGCUAUCGCUAUCCCCUUCGACUUUGUCCGCAGGGCCCUCAACGACAGCUACGGCUCCUACACAUUCGACCGCGACGUGUUCCCUCUGGCACAGAGGGAGAAGAUGACGUUUUGCUCUGAUAACGACACGCUUACAGACUUCUUCCAAACCCUGUCUGAGCUCAUUCAAAAGGCUCGUGUCAUCUUCAUUGCUGUUCUCGUUAUCCUGGCCAUCACCGUCAUGAUCCCCAUGGCCUGGUUCGAGAUCCAGCGCUGGAGGAAGCAGCAGUACCACGCGCGCCUCAUUGGGAACAACCAGUUUGACUCGAUGGAUCUCGUGUACAUUACUUCACGGCCUAUUACAUCCACGCUGGGAAUCAAGCUGGGAUCCAGCUUCUCUGGCAAGAGACAGAUUCUCGUCCGUUGGUGCGUUGCCUACGCGACAUCCCCCCCAGCUAUCUUUGUCCUGUCUCUGGCACUAGCCGGCUUCUUCUCAUGUGCCUGCCAGGGUAUUCUCCUACAUGCUGUCGAGAAGGAAGUUCCGGCUCUGGCCAAGGAAGUUGGCGAGUUCGCUGACGGCAUCGUCUCGAGCCUGAACACAUCAUCAACCAAGUGGGCCGACAGCGCCAACGGAGUCAUCACGGGCGUCAACGCUGACAUCAACGAUGAUGUCCUGGGCUACGUGAGGAAUGCGACAGACGCUGUCAACGAUACAAUCACUACAUUCAUGGAUACCAUAAGUGACAGCCUGGAGACCGUUUUUAACGACACCCUUCUAAUCGACCCCAUCAAGUCGGUAGUCCGUCGCGUCAUCGGCCUCAAGGUCGAAAGCAUCCAGGAGGGACUGACUUGGGUGCAUGACCAUGCCAAAGUAUCCCUGCCGCCCUUCCCUGAUGGUGUGUUCAGUGAAGGAGCCAAAGAGUCCAUCGACGGCGACUCUGACCUCACCACCUUUCUGGCGUCCUCCUCCAGCGCUACUACCGAUGAAGUAUCAGGCGCCGUCACCAAGGUGAUCAACUGGCUCCGCAACAAUAUCAUCACCGAAGCUCUUGUAUCAACAGGAAUCCUCCUCGUGUACAUCAUCGUUGUUCUCAUGGGUGUAAUUCGUGCCCUCGUGGGCAUGGUGACUCCCGACAAGACCCGGGCCGAGGGAGCCGGCAACAUGGCUUUCGUUGGUAAUGAUGAUGCACCUGCGACACCGCCCCAGACCUGGCAGAGGGAUGGACAGUAUGCGGGCUACGGAAACGACUCGCAGGACCAGACUGGUGUCUAUGCGUCCACCAACGAGAAGCCUACCGCACGUCCAAGACAGACAUCCACACUGCAUGUUUGGUGA